UCCGGGAGUGCUCUGCGCAGGCUCGGGCGCAGGUUGCAGCAGCGAGGGGCCUCAGCUGUUAAGGUUAUUGUGCUACCCCUCCCCCACCCGUGCCCUGCGGCGACCCAGCGCUGCAGGCCCGUUGCUCUAGCCCCAGCACCCGGGACUGCGGACUCCGUGACCCUGUCUUCGGGCCUGUCCGCGCCGGAGCAACUCGGGACUGCGUAGCACCCCGCAUGCCGGCAUUCCAGUGGGAGGCACCCUAUACCUCUGUUAACUGAGAUCGUAAAAGGGUGCAGCUGAGGCCCAUUGAUCCCAGCUCAUCUAAUAUUCCACAUAGACCCCCAAGGUCAAAGUGUGUGGGGACAGUGACGUUAAUUCACCCCUGAACCACCUGUGACUGACAUGGGAAAGUCUUUUUCUCAUUUGCCCUUACAUUCAAAUAAAGAAGAUGCUUAUGAUGGAGUCACAUCAACUGAAAAUAUGAGGAAUGGACUGGUUAAUAGUGAAGUCCAUAAUGAAGAUGGAAGAAGUGGAGAUGUCUCUCAGUUUCCAUAUGUGGAAUUUACAGGAAGAGAUAGUGUCACUUGCCCCACUUGUCAAGGAACAGGAAGAAUUCCUAGGGGACAAGAAAACCAACUGGUGGCAUUAAUUCCAUACAGUGAUCAGAGAUUAAGGCCAAGAAGAACAAAACUGUAUGUGAUGGCUUCUGUGUUUGUCUGUCUGCUUCUUUCUGGACUGGCUGUGUUUUUCCUUUUCCCUCGCUCUAUCGACGUGAAAUACAUUGGUGUAAAAUCGGCAUACGUCAGUUAUGAUAUUCAAAAGCGUACAAUAUAUUUAAAUAUCACGAACACACUAAAUAUAACGAACAAUAACUAUUAUUCUGUUGAAGUUGAAAACAUCACUGCACAAGUUCAGUUUUCAAAAACAGUUAUUGGAAAGGCACGCUUAAACAACAUUACCAAUAUUGGUCCACUGGAUAUGAAACAGAUUGAUUAUACAGUACCUACUAUCAUAGCAGAGGAAAUGAGUUAUAUGUUUGAUUUCUGUACACUGAUAUCCAUUAAAGUGCAUAACAUAGUACUCAUGAUGCAAGUUACUGUAACAACAACUUACUUUGGACACUCAGAACAGAUAUCCCAGGAGAGGUACCAGUACGUUGAUUGUGGAAGGAACACAACUUAUCAGUUGGGGCAGUCUGAAUAUCUAAAUGUACUUCAGCCACAACAGUGAAAACCGAGAGAUGCACCUGGAGAAGAAAUACCUAUUGAUAUUUUCCAAACUCUGAAGGAUGAGGUACUUAACUUCCUGAUAGGAGAUCUUAAAUUGAACAACCUAAAGUUUACACUUCUGUUUUAAAAGUAGAGCUAAGAGUAUGUGGACUUGUAGGUUAUUACAACUCUCUACUCUGUGUUCAUGGUAUUUGUACCAGGAUCUUUACUUGAAUCUAAAUUUACUGAUUGGUUUUCUUUGCUCCUGGUCCCCAAAGGGGAAAACUAAGACUUCUCCUACAGGAUAAUAAAUAAUUAUUUAAAAUUCAUAGCUCUAAUCACUACUGAAAACAUAAUUGAUGAUUUGUGAUGAACAUAAUUAUGUGAUGAACAUAAUUUGAGAAACUUUAUUUCUGAAUGUUUUUAUAGAAAAUUACUGUGGGCCUAUUCAUGAAGACAUUUAAAGAGUAACCUUUUUUUUCCUGUUUUAUAAAUUCCCAUUGCUACUUGGUAGUAUUUCAGCUAUAUGCUAUUUUAGCUUUUAGCUAAAUGUUUUUAUUUUUUCAUUUUGAAAUCCUACUCAUUUGCAUGUUUUUGUCAGUCUUACUUCAAGCUAUUGCUUGCAUAACACUUAAUAAACCAAAAUAAUCUUUGCAAAAUUCUGUACCUAAAAUUUUUAAA